AUGAGUUGGGGCAGGGUGGCCGCCGUGGCUUCGAUUGGACUAUCGUCUUUCUCGAUUGCUAUUCUCCUAUUCACGCUACCGAAUCUUUACAUGAAGAUCUCGAAUAUUCAAUUUAGCGUUGAGGAGGAGAUGAACAGCUUCAAGUCGGCUGAGCAUGGCAUUGGGAUGCAGUCCGGGCACAUCGCGGCUUAUGCCGCCAUCGGCAUCUCCAGCUUCACGGUCUUCUUCUUGAUCAUGAGCGUGCCUCAGCUCAUCUCGAAGAUCAACAAGAUCCACCUCGAAGUUGAUGCCGCCGGAGAUAGCUUCAAGGGACAGGAAUACAAGAUCGGAGCCAUCCAGAAGAAGCACUUCCCCGUCCAGAUCGUCCGUGAGCGUCGUUACGUCGCUGCUGGCCAAUGCCAAUGCAACGAAUUCAACAACUGCCCCGCUGGAGCUCCUGGCCAGCCCGGUCUUCCUGGCUCUGAUGCGUGCAUCCUUUUGGUCGAA